CAAACUUGGAACUCUUCUGUCAGCCAUUUCUUGUUGCUUCUUUCUGCAGAAGCUAGUCUCAUGGCGUUUCCUCAGCUUAUCACAGCUCUACUUUUUGCAUUAGCCCUAGCCACAGUUGACCCCUCCACAUGCCAUGAAGUAAAAGCUAAAGUCUCUUGCCUUGACUGCCCCAACAAUUUCGACUUCUCUGGGAUUAGGGUUUCAGUGAAGUGUGAUAAAGUGAAUAAGUUGGGAGUGGCAACUGCAGAACAUGAUGGCUCCUUCAACCUUAAACUUCCUAAAGACUCAGGGAAGUGUCUUGCACAACUUGUGGGAGGACCAGAGCAGCUUUAUGCUUCAAGGAAGAACAUGUUCUCUCGAAUUGUGAAGGCUAGAGAGCCCAACACGUUCACCAUAUCUACUCCUCUGAGCUUCAGCACAAAGUCUGAGCUAGGCUCCUCCAAAACUGUCGAUCUUCCUCUGCCUCCUGAGUGGGGUUUGGCACCCUCUAGCUACUAUGUCCCUUUCUUCCCCAUCAUUGGAAUACCCUGAUUAUGUAUUCCUUUAACGUUAAAGCGCUUGUGUAAUAUUAUCAAAAGCACACCUAUAUGUAUAUGCGACAUGA